CCAACACAGCACGAGUCAGUCAUCUCUGAAACUGAACUAGGAUGCGGAUUAUAACCUUGCUUGCCCUCUGUGCCAUCUUGUGCUGCUCUCAAGGCCACCAGCAGGAAGAGUGCUUAAGGGAGCAUAUCCGUUUCCCAAUGAUCAAAGAAAUGCUAAAUAUUUCAAAACACAUCCACAAAUCUCUACCUAAGGACAACAGAGCCUCCAAACGCAUAUUGGGAAGGCAUAAAAAAUGUUACAAGAACAUCGCUGACUUCAAACAUCUGCUGGACAUUUACGAAGACCAUGUAUUCCAGAAGUUGUGGAAGAACAAUGCACAUCUAAGGCCGAAAAUAUUUAUGGAUUCUUUCAGAACGCUCAAGAACGUCAUGGAUCGAUGUGUGAAUAGAGGCCCACAAACACCAUCUCGCUGUGCAAGGGAGGAUCUUAAAAAAAUGGAGGACAAUUUUAGGAAGCUGAAACCAGGUGAUCUCUACAAAGCCGUGAGUGAGUUUCAGAAUGUCUUGGUAUGGAUCAGUCUCGCUAUGGACAGAGGAAGAUCACACAAGAAGAUUCACUAAUGUUGAAGGCCUGCUGAAGAUGGAUUUAUACACACGCGCAAACACGCACACAGUCCAUAGGCGUAAUGAGUUGUAUUGUACAAACUGUAUAUUCUAUCCCCUAUCCCUAACCCUACCCCUAAACCUAAAGAUCAUAGAAAACUUUUUGCAUUUUUCGAUUUUUAAAAAAUAUUGUUCUGUACAAUUUAUAAGCUUUUAUGCACAAUGGGGUCCUCAAUUUUGGUCCCCACGGAGACACGAGUCCCCAUUGAGUUG